AUGCAUAGCGAUGACAACAUCUCCGCUGCAGAAGGGCAACUCGAUGUCCCUGACGCGGCAUAUAGCCGGAUGCCAGAGAGCCUUCGCAAUCUCAGCCGAGACGAGAUCAACACCCUCAACAAGAAAAUUGUCCGAAAGGUUGACCUUUUUGUACUGCCCACCAUUGGGAUCCUGUACAUUUUGAACUACAUCGACCGCCAGAAUUUGGCCGCAGCCAAGCUCCAGGGGAUCAUGGAAGAUCUCAACAUGACCACCCAACAGUUUGCCACCGCAGUCUCCAUCCUCUUCGUCGGCUACUUGCCCUUCCAGAUUCCUAGCAACCUUAUCAUAACCAAGAUAUCCCGGCCUGGCAUGUACAUCUGUGUUGCUGUCGUUAUCUGGGGCUGUAUCUCCGCUGCCACCGCGGCAGUCAAAACAUACGGCCAGUUGCUCGCUGUUCGAGCCGUUCUCGGAGUGGCGGAGGCAGUCUUCUUCCCCGGUGCCAUCUACUACCUCUCUGCAUGGUACACCAAGAAGGAACUCGGGAAGCGCAUUGCAGGUCUCUACAUUGCACAGCAAGUUGGCAACGCCUUCGGCGGGCUCUUCGCAGCAGCCAUCCUGCAACUCGACGGCACGCACAACAUUGCUGGUUGGGAAUGGCUCUUCAUCAUCGAAGGCAGCGCAACAGUCGGAAUGGGGGUAAUAUGCUCCUGCAUCAUGCCUGAAUUCCCACACAACAGCCGCAUCCUAUCGCAAAUCGAGCGUGACCUCGCCGUAUGGCGCAUCGAGUCGGAAGCCGGAGCAGCAGAAGGCACAGAGAACGAAAGCGUACUACGCGGCUUCGCUAAAGCCCUCUCCGACCCCAAACUCCUGCUCCUCAUCUUCGCAAACAUGCUCUCCCAAACGCAAGGCUCCAUCGCCAACUACUUUCCCACGCUCGUCGGGUCCCUUAAUUUCAACAACACCAUCACUCUGCUCCUCACUGCCCCGCCCUACAUCCUCGCCGGCGCAGUCUACUACGUCCUCAUGUACUACUCUGACCGCAAUAAUACCGUGUACCCGAUCAUCCAGCUCUGCGUGGCCAUCGCCAUCGUCAUGUACAUCAUCCCCAUGGCAACACUGAAUGUCGGUGCCCGCUACUUCUCCAUGGUCAUUCUGCCCUUUGCCUCUGUCGGCCCGCAACUCCUCCUCUACAAGACAAUCAACCUGCAUCUGGCACGCCCAGUCUCCAAACGCGCCGCUGCCUCUGCUCUGGUGAACGCUAUUGGCGGAACCUCCAAUAUCUGGGCGUCGUAUCUUUACUACGCACCGCCGCAUUUCUACGCCGCCUUCGGGACGCUGAUGGCGAGUGCGGUUCUACUAGCAGUGACGAUGACUGUCUACCGGUGGCUGGUCUUGCGGGAGAAUAAACGCUUGGACUCGGGCGAUCCGGAGGAGAUCGCGAAGGUUGUCCGCGGUGGUGUCACGGAGGAGAUGGUGCAGCUGAAUUGGCGAUACGAGAUGUAUUGA